ACAGACAUGGUUGAUUUUCACAAUCUCAACUUCCACAUGAGUUGUUACCAAUAAGUGCACAGACACACACAUAGGCGUUUACCACACGAAGAGCUUACCCCAUGUGUGCCGGCAAAUCCUGAUGACAAAGAUAAUUAGAUUUAAUGUAGAGGAAAUACUCGCUCUGGAUGCGUCAUUUUCACACAUUCAAGAGCACUCAGCUGGCGGUUCUUCUGAGAACUAAAAAAUGGCUACCACGGUCCCCCAAAGCAUGUUAUCUUCGGCCUUAACCUCCAUGAUGACCUCCAUGAUGACCUUGAGCUCCUCACCGAACACCGCAGCCCCCCUGGACAAUACGUCAGACUCCAAAGAGUACCACACCGUCCUCCUGGUCAUCAACUCGGUGGUUCUGCUCAUUGGCAUCGUCAGCCUGAGCCUGAUGAUGCACAUCAUGAGGUUCAGCUCCACAUCCAUCACCUCCAUAGCCGUACUCAACCUCAUCUUCACCCACUUCAUCUUCCUCCUGAGCGUGCCCUUCAGGAUUUACUAUUACGCCAAUCAUCAAUGGAACCUGGGCUCCGGGUUUUGCCGGGUGAUCAGCGGCAUGAUCCACAUCCACAUGUACAUGUCCUUCCUCUUCUACGUGAUCAUCCUCGUCACACGCUUGAUUUCGUUCUACUACAACACUGAGCUUGUGGUAUCCUUCCAGAAGUUCCACGCUCUCCUCAUCAGUGGAGCGGUGUGGAUCGUGGUGCUCGUCGUGGUCCCUUGCAUCAUGCAUGCUUUCUACGGCACAUUGGGAAACGACACGCGCAGUGAAAACAACACAAAUACCACUUGCUUCAAGUUUGGAAACAACAUAGCUGCUGCAAAAGUGUUAAACUACAUCGUCAGUAUAGCGAUCAUAUUGGUAGCUUCAGUGCUGACAGGCCUCCAAGCCAACGCCCUGAGGGUUUUAUACAAGAAGCACCGUGAGGGGUGCAGCUCGCAGCAGGACUACGGGGCUCAGCAGAAGAGUCUGUGCUUCGCUCUCGUCAUGGUCGUCUGCUUCAUGCCCUACCACAUGUUCCGGCUCAACUACUUAGAAAACAUCCACCUGGAGAACGUCAACGAGGUGUUUCUGACUCUGACCACUUUUAAUUGUUUGGACAUGCUCACCUUCCUGGGCAGGAGAACCUGGUUGAUGUGCUGCCCCAAAAUGACUUUUUGACAUUUCUUGGAAGUGCGUGUGGUGCAGUGGGUUGUGCGUUGGUGUUCGGAUCAGGGGGGUCACAGGUUCAAAUCCUACUGCAGUCAGC